UCGAUUGCUCGCGGAAUAAACAAUAUUCAAUUUGCGGAUGAGUGAAUUUGGCAUGCGAAAAAAAGCGCGGAUGAAUUAAUUGGUUCGCGUCCGGGUUUCCGUUUUCGGUAUAAAUAGAAUCUCGCCCGAAACGCUGCGUUUAGUAAUUAACAUGAUUUUUCCGUUAAUUAUGGUGGCCAACUUGGCGCUGAUCAACGCCGCGCCGAUGUUCCGUGACGAAAAUUUCUCCGAAUCUCACAGUGUAUCUUCGCAUAUGGGGCCUAUGGGGCAUUCUGUGGUCGAAAAAUCAGCAGUAUCAGAAAGCCAAAGCGUCGGAGCAGCCGGAGUAGAGAGCUUUUACGCUUCGGGUGGUAGCCAUUAUGUGAAAAAAGGAAUGGGGAUGGGAAUAGGAGGAAUUGGAAUUUAUUAAAAAUAAUAAUUAGUUAAUUUAAAUAAAGAAUUUACUGUUGUUUAUUAUAGCUAGAUGAAUUAAAUUAAAUCAGGUGGCA